CUUAAAGGCGCGUGUGAAAAUUGUGUAAAAAUCCAAUGAAAACCCAGUGAAAAUGCUAAAUAAAAUGCAGGAAAUAGUAAUAAGAAGGAUAAUUACAAAAUCGAACACAGCCAGUGAAUAACAAUAAUUGAAAAUUUGGUUUUGAAAGUAUUACAAAAAGUGUGAAAACCAUGAUACAAAUUUCCAGCACUCGUUUAUAUUUUAUAUGAAAGUGUGUGUGUAUAUGUGUUAGCAUGUACAUAUGUGUGUAUAUAUGUAUGUAUGUUAGGAAUAAAAGCAAGUGGAAGAAUAAGCAUUAAGGGUAUUUUAAGUAGCAGUAUUGGAAUCGACGAAAGGAAGCAGGAAAAGCGUAUACGCUAGUCCAAUAAGCAAAAACGGGAGCUACAGGAAAUAAUGGUGGAUAGAGGAAUGCAAAAGUUGAAUAUCUCUGGAAGUGGAAAUUUUACAAAGGCGUGAAAAAAUCGGCAACGAAGCUCGAAGAAUAUUUUAAACUCUAGAUAGCGGUUACCUAGAUGGUGUUUGCCUACCAACUACUCACUAACUGGCCGUCAUCUUUAUGUGAGCGUUUGGUAUCGACUGGCCAGCUCACUAACAGCUAUAACGUCGGCGUUCUAUAAGGAGACGCGCCCUGCUUUUGUCCCCAAUAAAUUUAAUGUCAUCGUCAAUCGUGUUGCUUUCACCAAUACUUCCUUCCAUUACACAGCAUUUAGAAAACGUAUUUUUGAAGUUGUUGUUGUUAAGUUUAUUGGCUACCGACGGCGACGACGACGACAUUCCUUUAAACAUAACAGGGUUCGUACCACAUACACCAACUGUGGUUGCUUCCCAUGGGAAACGCGCUACCCUUUAUCAGACACUUUGACGCGUAAAGCAUAAAAAAUGGCGAAUUCUGCACAAUAAAAGUCGAAAAUAAAAAACAAAAAAUAACACACAGCACAGGUGUUGAAUUUUCCAUACGCCAACGCUAAAAUAAUUAUGUGCGUGCUAUGGAAAUAAUCAACAAAUACAGCAACAACAAGAAAACAGAAUAACAACAACUUUCAUAUACAUAUGUGUAUAUAAGCUUACAUACAUAUGUAUGUAUGUAUAGAAAAGUGAUGACUGCAGCCAACGUCGCGGUAUAUAGAACGAUUAAAUAUUUGUCAAUAUCGGCAUAAAAAAUAGAAAAUAAAAGUAAUAAUUGCAUUUCGGCUGCACCCGUGUCAACUUUCACCUCAGCGGUAAAUUGAAAAAAAAAGUAAAAACAACCACCAUCACCCAGCUGCAAAGCAGAAAAGAGGCGCCGCCGAGAGGGGCGAUAUCAGCUGUCAUUCAAAAAUCAAAGCAAGGGUGAACAGAAAACAAUAAGGCCUAACAAACAGCCGGCUGCAAAUUCUGUUUGAAGCAGAUUAGAAAGCAGAAGCAGCAAAAAUAGCAACACCGGUAAUAGCAGCAACGCUGCUACACGGAUUAUGGGCUGUGGACAGAGCAAAAUCCAUUUAUAUCCCAGAAAAUCAAAGAGCAAAGCCAAUGGAAAGAAAGGAGGUCAUGCUGACUCAGAUGCGGAAACAGAUGAGGAUGAAGGUCAUGUUGAAGAUACUGAGAAGUGUCAAAAUCGAGAACGUGAAAAGAAUGACGAAAAUGACGAGCAAAGCAAUAAAGAUUCACAAGAUAGUGAUGAGGAUGUAUCAGUGUCACUACUACGAGCCAAAAAUCUGUCUUUACUUCAAAGCCAGGAAAUUUCCACGAGCCAACAAAACUUCUUUCGAAUGCUCGAUAAAAAAAUUGAAGAGGGACCCGACUACGAUUCGUCCAGCGAGACAGAAAUCGCGCUCGAGGAGGCACGAUUGAACGCUUUGGUGCAACAUUGGGAAUCAGCCAGUUUGACUGCCUCUAUAUGCUCCUCCGCUAGCCGCUCGCUGCAAACGACGCCGAUUCGCCAAGCACCCAUUAAACAGCUGACAAUGCCCAGAGCCAUGCUCCAGCCCACAGUCGCUGUACCGGUACCAAUAUCAAUGCCCAUUCAGCAACCAGUGCUGGCAGCUGACUACCUUGCGCAUGGGUCACCAGCGGCGACUCAGUUGUCGACGGCAGCGGUGGCGGCCAGCGGUGCGUUGAAACAUGCCCAAGCGUCCCAACAGAUAGUUAUUUCACACAUGAACACCAAAAUGUUGCAGCAAAUGGCCGUAUUGCCACAAAUGCCCCUAAAUAUGAUGCCUGAAACUUCUGCAUCUUCCGCUAAUACGUCCAACGCCCUAACACUAUUGCAGGCAUCUAACCCAACACAGCAGGCGCAAUUCACUCAACAUAUACUAGCAAGUGGUUCACCGCAACUAUUGAGUGGCAUGAAGACGAAUGUUAGUCCCAAACGCCUAAUGGAUGGGCGAUUGCUUAUGAAUUCCAGCCCGCUUGCACAACAAAUGCACACUGUAUCAGCUCCGCUAUCCAACGCAUACAUGAUUGGCACAGCACAAUCAACGGCAGUUGCGGCUGUGUCAGCGGCCAACACUUAUGCAAACGGUGGCACCGGUAGUAGUUGCACGCCACAACCUACAAUGCCCAUACAAUUGGCAUAUUAUGGCCAACCAACGGGGCAACAGCAAUAUCAACAACAGCAUCAAGCAACUACUGCGGCGAUGGCGAUGGCCACAAUGACAAUGACAGCAGCGCAAAACGACCAACAGACUCCACAAGGCCAAAGUCAGCCGUAUUACGGUGACCAAAUGCAAAUGCACACGGUGCAGCCGCCGACGGAAUACAAGUUCCCACCGGCUAUCAGCGUUCAACGCCUAGCUCCACAAGUUCAGCGGCAACUACGCGAAACACAAGAACUGAUAAAAGACUCAUGCCCACAAUUGUUUGCAGCGGGUUAUGGCGGCAGCCCCGGACCACCGAUACGAAACCAAGCCAAAAAUCCAAACCGAAGACCCACCCUGGAGACCCAAUUCUCCCAGGAAAGCUCGUGAUAUCUAUCUAAUUAAAAGAAACUCAGCGCCAAAAUUAACGUAGACGUUCGCAGCAGCAGUUAAGCCCAGCAUUCAGUGCCCCGAAACUACGCCACUUGGAAAUCGUCCAAGCAGUCCAAAGAACUAAGAUAUAUAAUACAUACUAUAUCAAUAAGAAUGAUUAGGUAACAAACAUAGUUAUAAUGGGCGGACUGCGGCGCCAACAAAAAAUGACUCUCACAUUCUCAUUUCGACGUUAUUAAUCCUAUUCAUAACCAAAAACAUACAUACAUACAUAUAAAAAGUAAUAAUAUAUUGAAAGAUAUAUAUAGAGUAUACAUACAUAUACACAAAUGUAUAAGAAAAAGCUGAAAAUAAAUUUGAGAAAAAUUUAUUUGAGAGCAAGUACUACAUGUAUGCAAAUCGAGUCAAAUUCGAACAAAUUAAUAAAAAAAAAAUGAAUAAAAUAAUAACAAAUGUAUGCUGGGAUGCAAAAUAAGUAAAG